CUCGAGGUGUGACCAUCUUUAAGCUCUCAAACCUUCCAACUUGCCAAUUGUGAAGAUGAAAAGUUUCUGGUCAAGGAUAGCAAUUGCUCUACUUUUCAUAACAGCAACGUUUUCAGCAAAAGCGGAGUUCGGACAAUGGUGUGUAGCCGAUUCACAGAUACCAGAUUAUGUGACACAAGCUGCCUUAGACUGGGCUUGUCAACACGACGAAGCAGACUGCUUUAAGAUUCAGCCUAACCAGCCUUGCUUCUUGCCCAACACUGUCAAGGACCAUGCCUCUGUUGUCUUCAAUAGUUAUUACCAGCGUUAUAAGCACAUGGGUGCUGAUUGUUACUUCAGCAGCGCCGCAAUACUCACGCAACGCGACCCUAGUAAGCAACUUUAUCUAGACCCUUUUGUCAACAAUUAUUUAAGCUCUUUGAUGAAUGAAGAUCUUGACCCAUUUGUGUUUGAUUAUCUCAUGAUUUGA